UGCACAAAAAAUUAGAACGGAAGUAUUUUCAAGAACGCAAGGAGUACAUUCAAUAAAAAAAUUACAUUUAAUAAAAAAAAAGUGUAUUAAUAAAAAAACUAAGGCGAAGUAUAUUUGGAAUUGAUCUAUUUUUGUCUUUUCUCGUAAAAUAUAUGUUUAAAGUCCGAUAACGUAUCAAGGUCGGUUUCCAUUAUUUUGAUCUCUUCCUUCUAUUGCGCCGUGGAAUGGGGUCCUCGUCCUCGGAGCCGUCGAGGUUGAAGGGAGAACUUUGUUCCGAAGAGCCGAUAGUCUCAUCGGUCUCAACCUCGGCGGAGGAUCUUUUCUUUGAGGAUCCGGUCUCGGAGUUGUUGAGUUGUUGUUAUUUUGGUAAAUGGCUUAAAAUUCUCCAAAGAUCGAUGAGGAUCUUGCUUUGGUGCCCGUCGUCUUAAUGUCGGGCGAUGGCUUGCCGCAGAACACUGCAUCGUUCAUCCCAUUCUUUUGGGACCGAGAGCAUUCCUCAUAAACUCCAAUAAACUUUUGGACUUUACGGUUGAUGUGACCCCUUUUGGAAGUGAGUUGGUCUCGGGUACGCUACGAGACGUCCUUGUUCAUCGGCGCAAAGAACUUUUCCUCGAUACGAUCUCACGUCGCAUCUUUCGUUUACUCGGAACCUUUAAAAAGUACUUCAUCAUAAUUAAAUGAAAAAAAUAUAUAUUUUAACACAAAUAUAAAAAUAAGAACACAAAUAUAUUUAAAAAUAUACUAACAGCUUAGUAAUAUGAGCUUUGGGGCGGUUGGCGACCAUAAUUACGAAUAGUAUUGAGGAUUAAGGCGAGUAUCCGAGAAAGGACAAACAUGGGGAGGAAUAUCCCACUUGCCUUCAGAAUCAAAACCUGCAUGCAUUCAUGCACCAUAUUACAUACUCCUUCCGUUCUAUAAAAGUGUUCCUAUUUUAAUUUUGUAUAAAAAUAAGGAAGUGUAAAUUGUACUCCCUCCGUCCCAAAAAGUUUGUUACGUUUAGAAAAAACUGCGUCCCGUAAAGUCCGUUACAUUUCUAUUAAAAAACCACUUUUACCCCUUACUUUUUCAUACCCUACCUAUCACAUCAUACCUUUUUUCUAAUAAUCUACCCAUCACAUCCUACUUUUACUCAUCACAUCAAGGGUAUUUUUGGAAAUUCAAUACCAAAAUAUCUUUCCCUUAAUUUUCCAAAAAGUCAAACCGUCUCAUUCUUUUUGGGACGGAGGGAGUAAUUGAUUUCCAAUUUUGCCUUUGAUGUAAUGAGUAAAAGUAAGAUGUGAUGGAUUGAGUAUUAGAGAAAAAGUAUGAUGUGAUAGGUAGGAUAUGAAAAAGUAAGGGUAAAAGUGGUUUUUUAAUAGAAAGUGGUGGUGUGUGUGUGUAUAUAUAUAUAUAUAUACACACACCACAACCACAAUCAUCAAUUCAUUAUCAUCUGAUGCAUGCAUGGGUGUACAUAUCUAGUACGUGGAGUAAUUAUGAAUGAAUUUACUCACAGUUGGAAUCGAAAAUGGUGGAUCAUCAUACUUCUCUUCUUCAUCUACGACCAACUCCUCGUAUACAUUCCUCACUAGAAGCAACAACGUGAUCUGCAUGCAAUUUAUAUAAUUCCAAACAAUUAUAUAUAUACUCUCUCCCUUCCACAAAAUCUUUUUGGUUUGAUUUUUAAAAGAUUUAAAGGGAAUGUAUUUUGAUCUUGAUUUUCUAAAAAUAUCAUUGGAUGUGAUGAGUAGAUUAAUAGUGAAAAAGUGUGAUAUGAUUGGUAUGUCAAGAAUUAGUAAGAAUAAAAAUGAUUUUUUAAUAGAAAAGAGAAUUUUUUUUUGAAACGAAUGAAAAAAAGAAAAAAAGUUUUGUAGGACGGAGAGAGUAUUAUGUGCGAGUUAUUGAUUUUUAAUAGAUUUAAGGGAGGUGUAUUUUGUUAUGGAAUUCCCAAAAAAUUCUUUUGAUGUGAUGGGGUAAAAAUAAGAUUUAAUGGGUAGAUUAUUAGUAAAAUAAUAUUCCGUAUGAUGUAAUAGGUAGAGUAUGAAAAAGUAAGGUGUAAAAGUGACUAUUUUUAUAGAAAUAAGAAGUGUUCUUUGAGACAGAUGAAAGAAAAAAAGAGAAAGAUUUUAAGUGAGGGAGGGAGGGAGUAUAUGCUUACAAUGAGGGCCAAUGAUGUACAACAUGAAUUGGAAGAGC